GCCCGCUACGAGUACCCUCGCUCCCCGCCGCUCUCCAUGAACCCGGCGAAAUAAGCCGCGCCUCCAGCAGGGGCUGCGCCUCCAUGAAUCCCUAGGUUUUUUCUUUCUCUCCCUGCUCCUCACCCCCACCCCGGAUCCCGUCCCGCCUUCUCCCUUCGCCGGCAGCGGCUGCGUCCAGGUGCGGAGUCCAGAGCGGAUCGCAAUGGCGUCCAACCCCGAACGGGGGGAAAUUCUGCUCACCGAGCUGCAGGGCGAUUCCCGAAGUCUUCCUUUUUCUGAGAAUGUGAGUGCUGUUCAAAAAUUAGACUUUUCAGAUACAAUGGUGCAACAGAAAUUGGAUGAUAUCAAGGAUCGAAUUAAGAGAGAAAUAAGGAAAGAACUGAAAAUCAAAGAAGGAGCUGAAAAUCUGAGAAAAGUCACAACAGAUAAAAAAAGUUUGGCUUAUGUGGACAACAUUUUGAAAAAAUCAAAUAAAAAAUUAGAAGAAUUACAUCACAAGCUACAGGAACUAAAUGCACAUAUUGUUGUAUCAGAUCCAGAAGAUGUUACAGAUUGCCCACGGACUCCAGAUACUCCCAGUAGUGACUCUCGUUGUUCCACCAGCAAUAAUAGGUUGAUGGCCUUACAAAAACAAUUGGAUAUAGAACUUAAAGUAAAACAAGGUGCAGAGAACAUGAUACAGAUGUAUUCAAAUGGAUCCUCAAAGGAUCGGAAACUCCAUGGCACAGCUCAGCAACUGCUCCAAGACAGCAAGACAAAAAUAGAAGUGAUACGAAUGCAGAUUCUUCAAGCAGUCCAGACCAAUGAAUUGGCUUUUGAUAAUGCCAAACCUGUCAUAAGUCCUCUUGAACUUCGAAUGGAAGAAUUAAGGCAUCAUUUUAGGAUAGAGUUUGCAGUAGCAGAAGGUGCAAAGAAUGUAAUGAAAUUACUUGGCUCAGGAAAAGUGACAGACAGAAAAGCACUUUCAGAGGCUCAAGCAAGAUUUAAUGAAUCAAGUCAGAAGUUGGACCUUUUGAAGUAUUCAUUAGAGCAGAGAUUAAAUGAACUUCCCAAGAAUCAUCCCAAAAGCAGUAUUAUUAUUGAGGAGCUUUCACUUGUUGCAUCACCAACACUAAGUCCACGUCAAAGUAUGAUAUCUACCCAAAACCAAUAUAGUACCCUGUCCAAACCAGCAGCACUAACAGGUACUUUGGAAGUUCGUCUUAUGGGCUGUCAAGAUAUCCUAGAGAACGUCCCUGGACGGUCGAAAGCAGCAUCAGUUGCGCUACCUGGUUGGAGUCCAAGUGAGACCAGAUCAUCCUUCAUGAGCAGAACGAGUAAAAGUAAAAGCGGAAGUAGUCGAAAUCUCCUAAAAACUGAUGACUUAUCCAAUGAUGUCUGUGCAGUUUUGAAGCUGGACAAUACUGUGGUUGGUCAAACUAGCUGGAAACCCAUUUCCAAUCAGUCAUGGGACCAGAAGUUUACACUGGAACUAGACAGGUCACGUGAACUGGAAAUUUCAGUUUAUUGGCGUGAUUGGCGAUCUCUGUGUGCUGUAAAAUUUCUGAGGUUAGAAGAUUUUUUAGACAACCAACGGCAUGGCAUGUGUCUCUAUUUGGAACCACAGGGUACUUUAUUUGCAGAGGUUACCUUUUUUAAUCCAGUUAUUGAAAGAAGACCAAAACUCCAAAGACAAAAGAAAAUUUUUUCCAAACAGCAAGGCAAAACCUUUCUCAGAGCUCCUCAAAUGAAUAUUAAUAUCGCCACUUGGGGAAGACUUGUGAGAAGAGCUAUUCCUACAGUAAAUCAUUCUGGCACCUUUAGCCCUCAAGCCCCUGUUCCUGCUACAGUGCCAGUGGUUGAUGUACGCAUCCCUGAAUUAGCACCUCCAGCUAGUGAUUCCACAGUAACCAAGUUGGACUUUGAUCUUGAACCUGAGCCUCCUCCAGCCCCACCACGUGAUUCUUCCCUUGGAGAAAUAGAUGAAUCUGUAAGAGAUUUGGAUACACCAGGACAGGAUUCAGAAACUGUUUUUGAUACUGAGAAUGACAGAAAUAGAAUACUUCCAAAAUCUCAAUCUGAAUAUGAGCCUGAUAUCCCUCAGUCAGGCCUAGAGUAUAGUGGUAUCCAUGAACUUGAGGACAGAAGAUCUCAACAAAUGUUUCAAUUCAAUCUACAAGACUUCAGGUGUUGUGCUGUCUUGGGUAGAGGACAUUUUGGAAAGGUGCUUUUGGCUGAAUAUAAACACACAAAUGAAAUGUUUGCUAUAAAAGCCUUAAAGAAAGGAGACAUUGUGGCACGAGAUGAAGUAGACAGCCUGAUGUGUGAAAAAAGAAUUUUUGAAACUGUGAAUAGUGUAAGGCAUCCCUUUUUGGUGAACCUUUUUGCAUGUUUCCAAACCAAAGAGCAUGUUUGCUUUGUAAUGGAAUAUGCUGCCGGUGGGGACCUAAUGAUGCACAUUCACACUGAUGUCUUUUCUGAACCAAGAGCUGUAUUUUAUGCUGCAUGUGUAGUUCUUGGGUUGCAGUAUUUACAUGAACACAAAAUCGUUUAUAGAGAUUUGAAAUUGGAUAACUUAUUGCUAGAUACAGAGGGCUUUGUGAAAAUUGCUGAUUUUGGUCUUUGCAAAGAAGGAAUGGGAUAUGGAGACAGAACAAGCACAUUUUGUGGCACUCCUGAAUUUCUUGCCCCAGAAGUGUUAACAGAAACAUCCUAUACAAGGGCUGUAGAUUGGUGGGGCCUUGGUGUCCUUAUAUAUGAAAUGCUCGUUGGUGAGUCUCCCUUUCCUGGUGAUGAUGAAGAGGAAGUAUUUGACAGUAUUGUAAAUGAUGAAGUAAGGUAUCCAAGGUUCUUAUCUACAGAAGCCAUUUCAAUAAUGAGAAGGUUAUUAAGAAGAAAUCCUGAGCGACGCCUUGGAGCUGGUGAAAAAGAUGCAGAGGAUGUGAAAAAACACCCGUUUUUCCGACUAAUUGAUUGGAGCGCUCUGAUGGACAAAAAAGUUAAGCCGCCAUUUGUACCUACAAUUAGAGGACGGGAAGAUGUUAGUAAUUUUGAUGAUGAAUUUACCUCAGAAGCACCUAUUCUGACUCCACCUCGAGAACCAAGGAUACUUUCAGAAGAGGAGCAAGAAAUGUUCAGAGAUUUUGACUACAUUGCUGAUUGGUGUUAAGUUCCUACACACUGUGAAACCAAGCAGACUGACUCACAAGAAGACCUCUUAAAAAUAGCCCUUCAUUUGCUCUCUGUGCCAACAAAAGCUUCUGAGUUUUUUUUUUUAACAUAUGAAGAUGUGUUUAAAAGUACUAUUCUAAUACCUUCUUGAAAAGUGGCUUUUCAGUAUAUUUUAAACAAAAUUCUGAACACUGGAAACAGUUUCAUGGAGUUUAAGCUGAAUGAACAUCAGUCAUGAAAAUCUAUCACAAAUGAAUACUUUUGGAUCAACAGUCUUAUUUCUUAAAAUCAGAGGGAAAAAAAACACUCUUCUACAGUUCCUAGCUUUGCCGUAUGCCUGCCUUAAAUGGAAGGAAAAUUAAUUAGUUAAUUUUCCUUAGGUGUGUUUUACAAAAAGAGGAAAAGAGGGCCUAGGAUGUUAUUACUAUUCACACAUAAUAUGAUUCUGUUUGAAUAAGGCAAAUGCUCUUAUUUUUUUAAAGAAAUUACUGUAAUAUCCAAAAAAAUGUAGUAAUAGUUUAUGCACAUUUUGGGGCUUUUUUAAAAUGAAAUGAAUUGAUGUCUUGUAUUAUACAUUUUCUAUAUUUAUUAGAAAAUUUUAUUGCCUUAUCUUUACCAACCAUGUAACAGAGCCUCAUAGCUUUCCAGCUGAGCUAUUUGCCAAACAAUCUUAUUAAAUCAACCAUGCUGAAACAAACAGGAACAACUAAACAUCUGCAUUUACUUAAAAUUUUAAGAAUGAGGACUUAAUGAUCAUCCUGAACCAAGAUACUGUUACCUGUAUGCAUUCCCAAAGUCUAGAUGCUUAGUACAUUCACUCAUACUUUCUUCCAGAAUCAGUGAACUGAUUGCUCCUUUUUUUGAUAUGCAUUGUACAUUUAUCAACCUAGUUCAUCUUGUUCUUGUGUCUACUGUAGAAGGGAACUAUAUCUUUGUUAAAACAUAUGGAUUAUCAUUGUAUACAUGCUGUGAACAUGUAUAUGUGCAAGUUGUAAUGUAUUCUAUGUUGUAGGUUUAUUAUUUAAUUUCACCACUUCAUCACUUUUGUACAGUGGCCAAGCAGACACCUCAGACUCCAGCAUUUACAUUAAGUGCAUUUGUACAUUUUAGGCCACUGGAUCCAGAUUUUAUAUUGGCAGUUACUGAGGGCAGAAGCAAUAUAUUAUAACAGAAUGUAUAAAUAUUUUUGAUAAAACAGUCUAUAUUUUAUAAAAAUUAUUAUAACACUAAAGCUGUACCUCAAAAGUUUCAAAAAUAAUUUGAUCAAAUACUUUGUACAAGGAUCCAUUUGUGGCUUUUUAAUGCCCUUAUAGGAAAGUCUUUUUGCAAGCCAUGACUUUUUUACUUGCCUGGAGUUUUGGGUUUUUUUCUUCGUUUUGUUUCAAUUAUUUUCCCUCCUAGUCCAUGACUUUAUUGUUUUUCCUUAGUUCAAUAAUAACAUCUUUGAUGCCAUGCUUAGCAUGUUAGGGUCAUCAUACCUCAGGAAUAGCAAGUUGUUAACUAACCAAUAAUGAAUUAACCAUUUAAUCACUAUUGUCUUAUGUCUUAAAAAAAUGCUGAAGUUUAAAUCCUAUGAGAAAAUGAAAUCCUGUUGAUUUAUAGAGGUUUUUUGAGCUUAAAACAUACAUGAGUAUUCCGCCUUGCCAGGGUAUGUUGGCAUGUCUUUGCUAUGCUCUGAGAACAGUUAAAAUUGUUCAGAGAUAAUUUCUAUUUCCUUAUAAAUUGAUUACAAACCAUGUUCCCUUGGGGGAAAAUCUUAAAGGAAAAGGGAGCAAUAUGUUGUUUUAAAAUUAUUUUAAAAUGCCAGUUCACUUCCUUGGUAAAGGACAGUAGAGGAUCUUGGCUAAACUGUCUGCUUUUAAUUUAAACAGUGUUAAUACAACGUUAAAAAAACACUAAAUACUUUUGAGGUACAGUCUGCUCACCUUUUCUGGUUCUCAAAUAUGCAUAGAAAGCAAUGUCUAAAAUAGGUUUUUAGCAUUAAAAACUGACAUAGCAUUUUGUAACUACACAGUGUACAGAAUUUUUUUUUUUUAAUUAAAGUCAAUCACUAAAAAAAUUAGAGGGCAGGGUAUAUUCACACAAUUAAGCUGAAGAAAGCACUAAUUUUUUUUUCUGUAGUUUAAAAAAUAUAUAUAUUUUAGUCAGAUUUAAAAUUUUUAAACUCUAUAGAGUGUAAAUAUAUUUUGUUAUUACUGUAUGUGUAAGUGACUGCUCAAGCACUUUGUAAGGAAAUUAGGAUAUUUUAGAAUGGUACACUAUGCAUUCAAAUGAAAUGUGCCUUUAUGUCAUUUUAAGAAAAAGUGUUUUGCAGUCAUAAAUUACCACAAAUGCACAAAUUAAAGUUUAAAUAGAUUGUAAUUUGUAACUUUGUUUUUAAGUAUUAUUUCCUUUUGGAAACUUACUAUUGGUCAAAAUAUGUAUUAGCUUUACUAUAUUCAAGAUCUUGAAGACAAGUUAACUUUAGUUAAUCUUCUUGCAGGUACUUUUAGUCCUGGGGAAGGGCAAAAUCAUUAAGACUCAAACCGAAUUUUCUACUUCACUGGUAAUACUGGGAAAAUUUUGAAUUUUUUUCCUGUAAGUUUAGUAGCAUCUUUCAUUCAGUGUUUACUUAUGCAAUGCCUUCUGUGUGCUAGACGCUAAGGAUAGAAAAGUACAAAAAAGAAAGCACCAAAGUCUUCAUAAAUGACGAAUGGUAUACAUCAAUGCUAAAAUGUAUUGUAUGUACUUUUGUUUGGGAUUAAUUUAUUUAAUUUUAGGACAUGACUUUUUGAAAAUAGGUAAAUGAAAACAGAUUACUAGCCAUUUUGUAGUCAUCUUAUUAAAAAAUUAUGAAUGGAA